UCCUCAUAUGUCUCCAAAGUUAUUAAUGGGCCUUAAAUAUCCAAAGUUAUUAGUGGGCCUUUAACUCUCCAACCAAGAACCCUGAGACUAAGGCCGCCGAGGCCAACCCUGCCGAUGAAGUCUUUCUUCUGAAGCGGGAAGAGAGAGAAGAAAAACAAAAACAAAACCAAAAAACAAACAAAUGGCACCAGCCAAGAAGGCCAAGGCCAAGACUAAGGCCAACCCGGCCGAGUCAACUCAGCCCGUAAACCCCAACAACAAUUUCCCAACCUCUAUUCGGUACAUACCUCCGUCCUCAGUCGCCAUCACCAUCCACGCAAAGCCUGGUUCCAAAAUCGCCUCCAUCACUGAUUUCAGUGAUGAGGCGUUGGGGGUACAAAUAAACGCGUCUGCAAAGGACGGGGAAGCUAAUGCAGCGCUACUUGACUACAUCAGCUCGGUUGGUCUUGUUUCUUAUUGGGUUUUAGGGGUAAAAAGAAGGCAGGUUUCUAUUGGUUCUGGCUCUAAAUCAAGAGACAAGGUUGUUAUUGUGGAGGAGAUGACUCUACGAAGUGUUUUUGACAUCCUACACAAAGCUUCGAAGUCCACCUAAUAGAGAGAGAUGAGUUUGAUCCUUGAAUGAGACGUGAGGCUUGAUUGUACUGUAGCAGCUAACCGAGUCGCUUGUGUUUUUGGAAAUUGUCUUGUUCACGUUUCUAGUACUUCAAAACUGGCAGUUUGCCCUGUCUACACACGAAUGACUACUUGUUUAUAAAUGCAUCUUUUGAUACACUUAUACCACAAUAAUGAGUUGUGUUCAUAAUAUAUUUCUUGCCCUUGUAACGGAUGUUCUAUAUUUUCCUUCAUCUCUUAAACAAGCGUGAAUGCAGUUUCCUCCUG